GUAAACAGCCCCGCGGUCGGCGGCGCUGGUGCGUGAUGGCGGCCCGGAGGUCCGGUUCGAGGCUGGAGGGGGAGAUCGAGCGCUGCCGCGGGGAAAAUCAGUGGGAAAGAAUCCCCGAACUGGUCAAGCAGCUCGUGGCUAAACCGCUGCAGCUCGAUGAUCUGAGUGAGCUGUUGCUGGGUGAAGCGAAGCUGCAGCAGUACCUGAAGGAGAACCCGAUAAAGCAGGGUUCCAGCCCCCGCGGGCAGCGUCCCCGCCUGGCUGAAGUGCGGAAACACCUGACGGCUGCUCUGGAGCGAGGGAACCUGAAGCCAGAUUAUCAGCAGGAGGCGACUCUGCUGAUGGGGAAGCUGUGUUAUGUAGAGGGAGAUUACCGAGAGGCGCUGAAUCAUUACAGUCGUGUUAAUCUGGAUGAAAUGCAGCUGGUCGGGGCUCCAGUUUACCGUCUGUCCAUGAUCGCCGAGGCCUACGCCACCAGGGGUCUCUGUCUGGAGAAGCUGCCGGCCGCCUCUCCGUCUCUGUCCAGCCGCCCUGCUGACCGAGACCAGGAGAUCCUCACCUGCUACGAGAAGUCUGGAGAUAUCGCCCUGCUCUACCUGCAGGAAGUGGAGAAGGCUCUGAGUGCUGGUCUGCAGAACCGCAGCCCAAAACCUGGACCGGUGUCUCAGGAUCAGGAGCUGGGCUACUUCCUGGAGACCGGCCUGCAGAGAGCCCACGUCAUACACUUCAAAAACGGUAAUCUAACCCGUGGUGUGGGCCGGUUCAGAGAGAUUCUUCGUGCUGUUGAGACCAGAACCACUCAGAACCUCCGCAUGACGAUUGCGCGGCAGCUAGCGGAGAUCCUGUUGCGGGGGAUGUGUGAGCAGAGUUAUUGGAGCCCUUUGGAGGACCCCCCCCCCCAGUCCCCUCUGGAUGACCCCCACUGCCCCACCAGAUCCAGCAGGGACUAUGCUUUGAGCCGCAGGCCAAGGGUCUACUCAGGAGAAAACCUGUUUUGUCCACAGGAAAACACAGAGGAAGCUCUGCUGUUGUUAUUGAUCAGUGAGUCCAUGGCUAACAGGGACGCUGUGCUGAGCCGAAUUCCGGAGCACAAUGCUGACCGCGUGAUCAGCCUGCAGAGUGCCUCUGUGGUUUAUGACCUGCUGACCAUCGCGCUCGGCCGCCGCGGACAGUAUGAGAUGCUCUCUGAGUGUCUGGAGAGAGCGAUGAAGUUUGCGUUUGAGGAGUUUCACCUGUGGUACCAGCUCGCUCUCUCACUCAUGGCAGCAGGAAAGUCUGCACGUGCGGUGAAGGUGCUAAAGGAGUGUAUUCGUCUGAAGCCUGAUGACGCCACAAUCCCACUGCUGGCUGUAAAGCUCUGCAUAGGAAACCUGCACUGGCUGGAGGAGGGGGAGCGCUUUGCUAAGAUGGUGGUGGAUAUGGAGGAUAAAGCCCCGGAGUUUCGGGCGAAAGGUCACCUCGCCCUCGGCCUGGUUUACAGCCUGAAGGCUACAGACGCGUCUCUGCGGGGUUUGCAGGAGGAGUAUCAGAGGAAAGCUCUGGGAGCGUUUCAGAGGGCUCAGUCUCUCUCUCCUACAGAUCACCUGGCUGCGUUCUAUCUGGCACUACAGUUAGCCGUGUCUCGCCAGAUCCCGGAAGCGCUGGGUUACGUCCGACAGGCUCUGCAGUUACAGGGCGAUGAUGUCCACUCCCUGCACCUGCUGGCGCUGCUGCUGUCUGCCCAGAAACAUUACCAUGAUGCUCUCAACAUCAUCGAGAUGGCGCUCAGCGAGUACCCAGAGAACUUCAUGCUGCUGUUUACUAAAGUUAAAUUAGAGACUUUGUGCCGGGGACCUGAAGAAGCUCUGCUGACCUGCAAACACAUGCUGCAGAUCUGGAAAUCCUGCUACAACCUCACCAACCCCAGUGAUUCAGGGCGAGGCAGCAGUCUGCUGGACAGAGCCAUUGCUGACCGCAGACAGCUCAACACUAUGACCCUGCCAGACUUCAGCGACCCAGAGACCGCGUCUCGCUCUUCUUCCUCUUUUGUGGGGUCUGAGUUCUCCUCCUCUCCUCUCUUUGUUCUUCCAUCCCUCUAUCCUGGCCCACCUCUUCCUCCUCCUCAUCCCCCUCCUCCUCGUCCUCCUCGUCCUCCUCCUCCUCGUCCUCCUCCUGUGCCCAAGAGUGACGCUGCAGUGUUCAGACCAGCCGGCCAUGCUUUCUGUGACCACUUUCCUCGCCGACGUCCAUCCACUGCCAGAAACCCUCCAGAUGCUUACUUUCAUGGUUUUGAUUCCUUUUUUGGGGUUUGUUCUGUUCAUGCCACCUCCAUCGCAGCAUCGCGGGUGGAGCAGGCUCUGUCGGAGGUCGCCUCGUCCCUGCAGAGCUCCGCCCCCAAACAGGGACCCCUGCACCCCUGGAUGACCCUCGCUCAGAUAUGGCUGCACGCAGCGGAGGUGUAUAUUGGAAUGCUAAAGCCGGCCGAGGCGCUGGCCUGCACUCUGGAGGCUGCGAGUUUGUUCCCUCUGUCCCAUAAUGUGCUGUUUAUGAAGGGGCAGGUGGCCGAGCUGCGGGGAAACACUGAGGAGGCCAAGCGCUGGUACGAGGAGGCGCUGUCCAUCAGCCCCACCCACGUCAAGAGCAUGCAGAGACUGGGUCUGAUUCUGCACCAGCUGCAGAGAUACAGUCUUGCUGAGAAGGUUCUGCGUGAUGCGGUGCAGGUGAGCUCCACGGCGCACUCUGUGUGGAACAGUCUGGGGGAGGUUCUGCAGGCACAGGGGAACCACGCUGCAGCCACCGAGUGCUUCCUGACCGCUCUGGAGCUGGAGGCCAGCAGCCCUGUGCUGCCCUUCACAGUCAUCCCCCGCACCCUCUGAGACCCACUCGCCCACUCAGAGCGGCGGCUCAGCCGAACGGAAGAUCUGCACAGCUUUCCUUCCUCAUUCCAAACUCAGUCGAUCAGACGAUAAAUCAGUCUAUCACAGUGACGAUAUGCAAGCUGAUAAUUGAUUAUGAUGAUUAUCCUCUGAUUGGAUCGGACGGUUUUUGGCUGUGUGAACAGAAAUCUAACCUCCUGGAAACAAACAGCAAAAUACUAAAUUACAAAAGUGCUGUUAAUUAUUAUGCAAAAUAAAAUAUGAAGUAUAGGUGUUUACAUCAGAACUUCUGGCUAACUAUGUAUUUAUUUUUAUAAAAUCAUACAAGAACAAAUAAAAAAAAAUCUUUCUGUUUAUAAACUCGUUUUUAUUUAUGUUUAGUUGAUGCCUAAGCUGUGCCAGUCCCCUUUACUGCCUCGCACACUUCUAACUCCGUAACGGUAAUAAUCUGAUUUAUUUACCGCACUGAGAGCUAACUGCAGUGUUGGCAUCCGUCUUUAAGCCUGAGAUUCGGCUGAGCUUUUGUCCGAACUCCGAUCACGUCUUGUCCGAUCGACCACGUUUGGGAUCAGGAAUAAACUGUGUAAAUUUCAGCAAAGUACCGCUUUAAAACUGAGCAACACUAAACAGAACCAGAUGUACAUAUGCAUAUAUUACCACAAGCUCCGCCCACUCUGUAUGAAGAGUACUGCACUGGCCGUCUGUGGAUUACUGUUACGCAAUCUGCUGUUACAUCACCAAGCCUGUGACUCCGCCCCGAGUGCAGUGACCCCGCCCCUUUCCCUAUGUCAGUGUAAUAAUGUAUGUAAACACAGAAAUCAUUAUGGAAAUAUUGAAUAUAAUGAAUUGAUGCCAAAAAUGAUUCUAUUUUACCUUUUUGUUUGUUAAAGAUAGUUUUUUUUUUUUAUCCCAUUCAGAGAGAAUUUUAUUAUUGUUGUUGUUGUUUACGGUUAAUUUGAUAGCUUGUUUCGUUUAUUUAUUUCUCUGAGCGGACGGCAUCUGAGAGGUGCGGCUUGUUUGCUGAACAAAUGUUUUUUUGGUCCAGAUGUUUCUGUAAUCAUUAACACUGUUCUGAACACGUUACUGUAAGAAUGCAGUUCCAGUAGUUCCUACAUCAUCCACUGUUCUGCGUUCUAGCUGAUCUCAGGUGUGCUGAGACGGAGAACACAUCAAAUCCUCACCGCUCAGCUGGAGGAGACCUGAUGUCAAUAAAAAUGAUUUCAUUUGAAAA